CAGUUGCAGUCAGAUCCUUUCGGGUCACGUGACCCAGUCUAUUCUUGGCCAGCAGAUCGGAGGUUGGGUUGCAGCAUGAAGGACGGCGGCAGAGCUCCAAGGUUGAUUCAUCCCAGCGUUUAAACGCCACAUAACCUGAAGCACCAACAGCCAGUUUAAACUCCCAAACCGCCACCUCGUCCCUGAACGCCACUCUGGGUCCAUUGCUGUCCUCCUGCAUCCUCAGCAGAGGUUGAGGCAGACGUCCAGAGGUCAGAGGUCGUCCUGUGCGCCGUGACAUCAUGGUGGGCGUGGCGGCGUGCGGCUCUGUGAGCUCCAUCAAAGCUCUGUGGGAGACGCGGAUCCAGAGACGGAAGGAGGAGGAGGAGCAGAGGAGGAGACCGUCCAGGGGCGGGGCCACAAGCAGGCUGAGUGUCCGGGUCUGGGAGGACCGGGCGGUUCUGGCCCGCCUCAGGGAAAAGCUGCAGACGGAAGAUGGACGGCUGGUUCUCCGGAUAGAACAAGAGGAGUGGAAGAACCUGCCGGCAUGUCUGGUCCGGUUCGUCCAGGUCCAGGAGUGGCAGAUCCACAGAACCGGCCUGCUGAAGGUUCCGCCAUUCAUCUGCAGCUUCCAGAACCUCUUGGUUCUGGACCUGUCCCGGAACGCCGUCACAGAGAUACCACAGCAGAUCGGGAAGCUGACCCAGAUCAGAGAGCUGCUGCUGAGCUACAACCGGAUCCAAGUCGUUCCUGAAGAACUCGGUGGCUGUGAGAGUCUGGAGAGGCUGGAGCUGGCCAUGAACCGGGACCUGAAUGAGCUCCCAGACCAGGUAUCAUUCCAGCUCAGGAACUUGGUGCGGCUGCAGCACCUGGACCUGUCCAUGAACGACUUCGUCUCCCUGCCAGAUUGUGUAGUCGCCCUGCCGGCACUGGAGUGGCUCGACAUGGGGGGCAACCGCCUGCAGCGGUUACCUGACGACAUCCACAGGAUGCAGACGCUGCAGACGCUGUGGCUGCAGAGGAAUGAGCUGCAGAUCCUGCCAGAGAACAUCAGCAGGAUGUCCAGAUUGGACACGCUGGUCCUCAGCAGCAAUAGGCUGAGGGACAUCCCGUCCCUGAUGGAGGACAUGACCAACCUCAGGUUUGUGAAUUUCCGGGACAACCCUCUGAUUGUAGACGUGUCUCUGCCUCUGAGGACGGAGGACUGCGAAGACGACCGGGAGAUGUUUGGACGGGACUUCAUGCUCACCUACAUCCAGGAGGCCCGGAAGAGAAACUACGCCGUGCUGAAUGCGCACCGACUCCACCGUUUGCGCUGCUGGCAGGCGGAUCUAGACGUUGUGGUUCUGGAUCAGCAGCUAAAGCUCUUCGUGUCGAGACAUUCGGCUUUUCUGUCUGAAGACGUCCGAGGUCAGCGGACCCUGCAGCACCGGGGAGAGGUUCUGGACACCCAGGUGGUUCUGAACCCGACCCAGAGCUUGGUCUGCUCAGAGGUCCAGCGGCUCCUCUGCGACCCGUCGCGCCACAAGCUGCUGGUUCUGGCGGGUCAGUGCGUGGAGAGCAGCGGAGAGCUGGUUCUGCAGCAGGGCGGAUUCUCCAGCCGGGAUCUGGCCCAGAUCCUGGCCGGUGACGAGGUGGUGGAGCUGCUGGGUUCUGCUGACCCGGUUCUGAAGGCCCGUCUCACCCUCAGCUGCCCGACCCAUUGCUUCUGGACCGACUCGGAGCUGCAGAACCUGCAGGUCCCGGUCUGCAUGCGGAUCAACCCGGGCCCGGUUCUGCCGGAGAUGGAGGGCCUGCAGGAGUUCACGGAGUACCUGUCGGAGUCGCUGGAGCCCGGCUCGCCCUUUGACCUCCUGGAGCCGGCUGGCACCGCCGGCUUCCUCAAGCUGUCGCGGCCCUGCUGCUACGUGUUCCCCGGGGGCCGCGGUGACUCCGCCUUCUUUGCCGUCAACGGCUUCAACGUUCUGGUGAACGGCGGCUCGGACCCGCGCGCCUGCUUCUGGAAGCUGGUCCGGCACCUGGACCGAGUCGACUCGGUGCUGCUGACCCACAUGGGCGAUGACAACCUGCCGGGCCUGAACGCGUUACUGCUCAGGAAGGUGGCCGAGCGGAACCAGGAGGACGGGGAUAACCGGGUCAGGAACCUGGUGUCCCCGGAGCUCGGCGUGGUGUUCUUCAACGCCCCCGGCAGACUGAAGUCCGUCCGUCCAGUACCAGGCCGGCUGCGUGGCUGUGACCAGGCGGCUCUUGCCCUGCUGACCCUCCAGAAGCUGGGAGUGACUCCAGAACCUUUGAGCAGGCCCGGCGGGCCCACCGUAGAGCCGCUGAUCCUGUUCCAGAAGAUGGGAGUGGGCCGGCUGGAGCUGUAUGUUUUGAACCCGGUCCGCGGGUGCAAGGACCUGGAGGCUCUGAUGCAGCUGUGGCCCAACGAAGCCGACUCAGGAGCUGCAGAGCUACCUCUGAUCUGCCGGGUGUCCAUCUGCGCCUUGCUGGUCUGGCACCCAUCCGGAACCCAGGACCGGAUUGUCCGAGUUCUCUUCCCCGGCUGCACGCCACAGGCCAAGAUCCUGGACGCUCUGGACAAACUCGCUCAUCUGGAUUUCCUGAAGCAGCCGACUGUCAGUCUGGAGGCACUGGAAGUGUCCAAAACCCAGAAGCCAUUGAUCCGCCAAGAAAGUCGCGAAAGUCUCAAGUCCCAGUCCAAAGACCCAAGACCCAACGGUGCCUUACAGAAAGACAGACGGAUCGAAGUCCGAAAACCUGAGCUGAAGACCAAGACCAAAGCAGGAGGGGACGCCACGUCCAAGGAUGCAGAAGAAAAGACCCAGAUAAAGGAUGCAGAUCUGAAACCAAAGACCACAAAAGCUGCUGAGAAACCAAAUUCAAAGAGGGAUGGAUCAAAGGAGGAUAAGAAGGAUGUGAAGAAGAAGGACGAGAAGGUGUCUGCUGCUUCUGGGAAGAAAGAAGAGGCCUCGGAAAAGAAGAAGGAAGCUGCAAAGAAGGACGCCACAAGUCUGAAGACCAAGAAGGAAGCAAAACCAGAACCAAAGAAAGACAACAAGAAGGAAGGUAGAACCGAGGAGAAGAAACCUGCAAAGUUACUGGUUAAAGAAAUAAAGAGAACCGAUGGAACCACUUCCUUAACCGGAGCUACUGAACAAAGGAAAGCUACGGGUAAAACCGUGAGUGUGAAAAAGGGUGGGAUGCUUCCAAAGAAAGAUGCCUUCAACAAGGAGACGAGUAGGAAGUCGGGAUCCCAGGAAAACCAGAAGACUUUAACGGCCGAGGACACGACGGUGGAGUUUAACAAACUGGAGGAUGCCAACGGGAACAGAGGCCCAAAAACUGCUGGGGCGUCCAAGGAGACUUCCCUCAAUGGGAACCAGAUCUCCACCACAGAGAGUCCAGAGAAGUUCCGCUCUGUUGAGACGGAUCCGGUUAGCGCCGCCUCACGUAUCACCAGAACACCAAAAGGUGACCUCAGCGUGAACUUUGACCUUAGUCCAGCAAUGUUCCGGGUUGCAGAGGGUUCCCCCAGAGUCCGGGUAGAGAAGACCCUGGAGCUGUUUUCUCCUGCAGACUCUGCUCCAACCAGUGCCGGACACACUCCCUUCCACCCGUCCCCUGAAGACACGCUGGGUCUCAGCAGCCCGGGCGCCCGGGGAUCCAGUCUGGGCUUUGAAGACUACAACCAGGCCGGAUCAUGCAGAACCUCGGAGGUUAGCUCUCUGCGGGAAGGUGUGGAGAACUCCACAUCGUCUCAGGAUAAAUGCUCCAGCCUCCUGAGUCCGGCCAGGGACUCCUCCCCCACCAUGACGUCCAUGCCGGCGGAGGUCGGCUCCCCCCACUCCACCGAGGUUGAUUGUUCCCUCUCGGUCUCCUCAGAGCCGGUCCCCUCUGCCGGUGCCUCGGAAUGCGCCAACACGAUUCUUCCCGGUGGGCCCACCCUGAACGGACGCUGUGGUUCCGGGGAGAACGUCCGCGGGGUGUCGGGACUCCCCUCUGAGGUUCCCCACAACGUUGACCUCUGCCUGGUGUCUCCUUGUGAGUUCCAGCACCACCCGACUUCCGGUGCCUCACCAGACCUAUCCGACAAUGACCCCUCCCCUCCCACCUCGGCCUGCAGCCAGGAGACCCCACCCACAUCGGUCAGCGACUCCCUGCCUACCGCCACGGACUCCGACUUGCCCCCCAGCACCGAGGAGUGUCCCUCCAUCACCGCUGACCUGGACUCUGAUGAAGACUCCGGCUUCCUCCGUCAGGCCAGUGAUCUUCCCAGUCAGCACUUCAUGCGGCGGACGGGACUCGACCCGCCACCUGCACCGGUUAAAGACCUGCCCCCUCUGCCGCUGCAGCGUGGCGCCUGCAUGGCCGACCCCGAGGCUGACCGCGCCCUUAAGGCGUCCGGCGCCAGAAAGAAGCCUCUGCAGAGAACCACGUCAGGAAGCAGCCGGUCCAAAGCCGGUUCCCCCGGCUCCCUGAGGACCGGCCUCAACUCCAAACCUUCGUCACGGAGUUUGCCUGGUGGAUCCAAGGUCACGCCUUCAAGACCGUCAGGUUCUGCUGGUCCUGAAGGUCCUGUGGUUUACGUGGACCUGGCUUACCUGCCGUCUGGCUCCGCCUCCUCCACCGUCGACCACGGCCUGUUCAAACGCCUGCGUGCUUCGUAUUACAUCAUCAGCGGCGACGACCCGGCGAAGGAGGCGGCGAUGAGGAGGAUCCUAGACGGCCUGCUGGCGGGGAAGAGCACCUGGCCCGACGAUCCGGUGACCCUCAUCCCCACCUUUGACUCGCUGGCCAUGCACGAGUGGUACCAGGAGACGCACGAGCGGCAGCAGCAGCUGGCGGUGACGGUGCUGGGCAGCAACAGCACCGUCGCCAUGCAGGACGAGACCUUCCCCGCCUGCAAGGUGGAGUUCUGAGCCGGGCUCCGCCCACCUCCCGGCAGGACGCAGCUGCUGUACCAGUUAGAAACGUUUGCUCGCUACUUUCCUCACCAGUGUGACAUCAUUGUGGUCCCCCCCAGGCCCCACUGGAACAGAACCAGCAGCUAGAACCCAUCCUGUGGAUCAGAACCUGGAUGGUUGAGACGUUUUGACUAAAACGGUUCGGAUUAAAAUUAGCAUUAAACGCUACGAUUAGCCCGCCGCUCAGUGUCAGCAUUAUGUUAAAAUCUUGUUCCGCAGUCAUCGACAUAAUCACCAUGUAGCCGCACCGUUUCUACGGCAACGCCGCUGACGCCACAAAACGCUACGUAUAUCACACGCCCCACUUUCACCACAGGAGCAGAGGUGAAAGGUCGUAAAGAAACAUUAUAAAAAACAUCGUAAAGAAUCAUCGGACCAAAUCGUAACGAAACAUUGUAAAAAACCGUUGACACAUUAAAAUGAAACUGUAAAGAAAUGUAGGAAGGAAACACAGGAAGAUGCAGACGGAAGGAAAACCCAACUGAAUAGCCAUGCUAAUGCUAAAGCUAGUGCUAAGCUAGCGACCAUUCGUCAUCGUGAAGAGCAGAACUUUAGUUUAGAAGUUUAAGCCAAUAAGCUGCUGCGCUGAUCCAGCUCUGCUAGUUCUGCUUGUUCCAAUGCCAACAUUAAUAUUCACGGCCAUGCUGGUUCUGCUACGGUUCUGGUUCCGGCCAACCCAGUCGAUCCCUGGGUCUUCAUCUGCUGAUGAACUGGGACUCUGGUUCUGACCUGCCAGCUUCUGAACAGAACCCAGUAAUCAUGGCUGUGCUGCGGUUCUGAAAGUCUCAGGUUCUGUUGGCGGUUCUGUUCCUCCUGAAGGUUCUGACCCGGUAGGCGGUUGAACUGUUUUCUGGUCGGUUCUGAUGCCUCCCCAGGUUCCGUCCACGCUGCCGCCGGCUGCAGCAGCAGUGCAUCCUGGGAGCUGUAGUCAGUGUUUCUGCCUGUUUAAAUGAAUCCUGACUGAAUUCACCUAUUUAUUUAAUUUAACUGUGAUGUCACAAAGUGUCCUUUAGGGCGGCGCCGUCCGUCCGGGCCGCUCGCCGCCUCUUAAAGCCACAGAAUGUUUUUAUGCUCCUGAUGGAACCAGAACCUGCUAAUGUGGUUCUGGAGUUCCGUUGGGUCCUUUAGCCCCGCCCCCUCACCUGUCUGCUUCCUGGAACACUAAGGAUGGCCUUUCAGAAUAAAAGUAGCUGUUGAACAGAA